GUCGCUUUCCCUGCUCGGUGGCCGAGGGACGCGCCUUCUCUAUGUCGGACAAUCAAAGCUGGAAUUCCUCCGGCUCCGAAGAGGACCCUGAGACCGAGUCGGGGCCGCCUGUUGAGCUCUGCGGAGUCCUCAGCAAGUGGACCAACUACAUCCAUGGGUGGCAGGACCGAUGGGUGGUCUUGAAAAACAACACUCUAAGCUACUACAAGUCUGAAGAUGAAACGGAAUAUGGCUGCAGGGGUUCAAUCUGUCUGAGUAAAGCUGUUAUUACACCCCAUGAUUUUGAUGAGUGCAGAUUUGACAUUAGUGUAAAUGAUAGCGUUUGGUACCUACGUGCUCAAGAUCCAGAUCAUAGACAACAAUGGAUAGAUGCAAUUGAACAGCACAAGACCGAAUCUGGCUAUGGAUCAGAAUCAAGCUUACGGCGCCAUGGCUCUAUGGUGUCCCUUGUGUCUGGAGCAAGUGGGUAUUCUGCAACAUCCACAUCCUCAUUCAAGAAGGGUCACAGCUUGCGUGAGAAGCUUGCUGAAAUGGAAACCUUCAGAGAUAUCUUGUGCAGACAAGUUGAUACAUUACAGAAAUACUUUGAUGCCUGUGCAGAUGCUGUCUCCAAGGAUGAACUUCAGAGAGAUAAAGUGGUAGAAGAUGAUGAAGAUGACUUUCCCACAACACGCUCUGAUGGGGAGUUUUUACAUAACUGUAGUAAAGAAAAAUUGUUUCCAUAUGUAACACCCAAAGGAAUCAAUGGCAUAGACUUUAAAGGGGAAGCUAUAACUUUCAAGGCAACAACAGCUGGCAUCCUUGCUACACUUUCCCAUUGUAUUGAGCUAAUGGUAAAACGUGAAGAGAGCUGGCAGAAGAGACUGGAUAAGGAAAUUGACAAGAGGAGGAGGAUUGAAGAAGCGUACAAAAAUGCUAUGAUAGAACUUAAAAAAAAGUCCCAUUUUGGAGGGCCAGACUAUGAGGAAGGUCCCAACAGUCUGAUUAAUGAAGAAGAAUUCUUUGAUGCCGUUGAAGCUGCUCUUGAUAGGCAAGACAAAAUAGAAGAGCAGUCCCAGAGUGAAAAAGUCAGGUUACACUGGCCAUCAUCUUUGCCAUCUGGCGAUGCAUAUUCUGGUGUGGGGACUCACAGAUUGGUUCAAAAGCCCUAUAGUCGCUCUCCCUCCAUGUCUUCCAUUGAUCUAGUCAGUGCCUCUGAUGAUGUUCACAGAUUCAGCUCUCAGGUGGAAGAGAUGGUGCAGAACCACAUGACAUAUUCACUACAAGAUGUGGGGGGUGAUGCUAAUUGGCAGCUGGUAGUUGAAGAAGGUGAAAUGAAGGUGUACAGGAGGGAAGUGGAAGAAAAUGGUAUUGUUCUAGAUCCUUUGAAAGCCACGCAUGCAGUCAAAGGGGUUACCGGGCAUGAAGUCUGCCACUAUUUCUGGAAUGUUGACUUUCGUAAUGACUGGGAAACAACUAUUGAAAACUUCCAUGUUGUGGAAACUUUAGCUGAUAAUGCAAUCAUAGUCUACCAGACACAUAAGAGAGUAUGGCCUGCUUCUCAACGUGAUGUGUUGUAUUUGUCUGCUAUUAGAAAAAUACCAGCUUUCAAUGAAAAUGACACUGAAACAUGGAUUGUCUGCAACUUCUCUGUGGAUCAUGAUAGCACCCCUUUGAACAAUCGAUGUGUCCGUGCCAAAAUAAAUGUUGCUAUGAUUUGUCAGACGUUGGUAAGCCCACCUGAAGGGAACAAGGAAAUAAGCAGAGACAACAUCCUAUGCAAGAUUACAUAUGUAGCAAAUGUGAACCCUGGGGGUUGGGCACCAGCUUCUGUACUACGGGCAGUAGCAAAACGAGAGUACCCCAAAUUCUUGAAGCGUUUCACAUCGUAUGUGCAAGAUAAAACAGCGGGAAAGCCUAUUUUGUUUUAGCAUUAGCAGUGAUUGGAAUGAGGCUGUGUGAACAUUCCACGUUGGAGAAAUGAACCAAAAUGAAUGCUCCAAGCUGGAACGUAGGAUCUACAGUCUUAUGGCCCAAACCCUGGAUUCUGUACUCAGCGGAAGAAAU